AUGGUCACUGACAGGGAAAUGAUGGUGGAUGGUAGACCUGUGACCCCAAGUUCAUGGAAAUCAGCCUCCAUCAACUUCCUUAACUGGCUCAAGAAGCAUGAAAACGCAUUUCUUGUUGCUAACAAUGAGAGGCGUUUUGAUUUUCCAGUCAUAAUUUCUGCCUAUACUAAUGUUCAUCAGUGUGAUUGUUUGCUGGAACAUACACAAGGAAUGCUUGAUUCAUUGCCCUUAUUCAGGAAAGUGUUUCCGAAGAGAUCCUCCUAUAAACAAGAGGAUAUUGUCCACGAUAUUCUCGGUAUUGAAUACAAGGCACACAAUGAGGAAGAAGAUGUAAAAAGUUCAGCCAGCCUAGUUUCUAAAGUCGUUAAUGAUCAUGGGGAUAAAAGUGUACAGGAAAAUAGUUUUCCAGCAAAAGCUGCACACUUAAGUUUUUUGUCUGGUAAAGAACGUGCCAAGAACAUGCCAAGUUUAUCAAGAUUGGUAGCAUUUGGUGUAAUGAAAUCAGCAACUGCUGAAAAUAUAGCUUGA